CCUUCUCGCUUUUCUCCGGCUAGGCACCCCUCAUGCCUUCCUGGCCCCGGCGGCGGCGGGGGGCGGCGGCGGCGGCGGCGAGGAGAGCCCCGCGGGAGGAGCUGGGGGUGGCGCCACUCCUCUGAUGUCCCUGGCCGAGAAGCGGGAGCUCAGUUUCUCCUUCACGCCCAUGAUGAUCGAGGAGGACGCCGCCGCCGCCGCCGCCCUGAGGAACGGUAGCAGGGGGCUCUCGGGCCAGUGGGCGGACGCGGGCGCGGCGCGACCCCGCACCACGGAGCGCCACAUCACGGUCCACAAGCGCCUGGUGCUGGGCUUCGCCAUCUCCAUCCUGAACCAUGUCGGGGAGCCGCCGGGCCGCGGAGGAGUGGAGACGGAGGUCCUGGGCGCAGCAGCAGGAAGAGGGGAGCUGGACGAGGAGGAGUGGCAGAGGCGGCGGGAACAGGCGCCCUGGACUCAGCUGCGCCUGUCCGGGCACCUGCGGCCCCUCCACUACAACCUGAUGCUGAACGUCUUCAUGGAGAACUUCACCUUCAGCGGCGAGGUCAACGUGCAGGUGGAGUGCCUGAACGCCACCCGCUACAUCGUGCUCCACGCCCACCGCAUGCACAUCGAAGCCGCCCGCGUGGCUGAGGACCGGCUGGCGGGCGAUCUGCGCGUCUCCGGCUUUUUCCUCUACCCGCAGACCCAGGUUUUCGUGAUCGUUCUCAACCGGAGCCUGGAGGAGCUGAGAAGUUACAACGUCAAGAUCCUCUAUCACGCGCCCAUCGAGAACGAGCUGCUGGGCUUCUUCCGCAGCUCUUACGUCCUCUAUGGAGAGAGAAGGUUCCUUGCGGUAACACAGUUUUCUCCUAUUCAUGCCAGAAAAGCCUUUCCUUGCUUUGACGAGCCUAUCUACAAGGCCACGUUCAAAAUCAGCAUCAAACACCAAGCAACCUAUUUAUCUUUGUCCAAUAUGCCCGUGGAAACUUCUGUUUUUGAAGAAGAUGGAUGGGUUACAGAUCACUUUUCACAGACUCCACUCAUGUCCACAUAUUAUCUUGCCUGGGCUGUUUGCAAUUUUACGUUCCGUGAGACUACCACAAAGAAUGGUGUUGUGAUCCGAUUGUAUGCAAGACCUGAUGCCAUCAGAAGAGGAUCUGGAGAUUAUGCUCUAAAUAUUACUCGGAGGCUUAUCGAGUUUUAUGAAGACUACUUCAAAAUGCCCUAUUCCCUGCCAAAAUUAGAUCUAUUAGCUGUGCCUAAGCAUCCGUAUGCUGCUAUGGAGAACUGGGGACUAAGUGUGUUUGUGGAGCAGAGGAUACUACUGGACCCAAGCAUUUCUUCCAUAUCAUACUUACUUGAUGUCACCAUGGUCAUUGUACAUGAGCUAUGCCAUCAGUGGUUUGGUGACCUUGUGACUCCAGUGUGGUGGGAAGAUGUAUGGCUAAAAGAAGGCUUUGCUCACUAUUUUGAAUUUAUUGGAACUGACUAUCUCUAUCCAGGCUGGAAUUUGGAAAAGCAGAGGUUCCUGACAGAUGUCUUGCAUGAAGUAAUGCUGCUUGACGGUCUGGCUAGUUCUCACCCAGUUUCUCAAGAAGUGCAGCAGGCCACAGACAUCGACAGAGUAUUUGACUGGAUUGCCUAUAAAAAGGGUGCAGCCUUAAUUCGAAUGCUGGCUAAUUUUAUGGGUCACUCAGUGUUUCAGAUGGGUCUACAGGAUUAUUUAACCAUUCACAAGUAUGGCAAUGCUGCUAGAAAUGACCUAUGGAACACUCUUUCAGAGACACUUCGCAAAGUUGGAAAAUUUGUGAAUAUCCAAGUAGUAAUGGAUCAAUGGACUCUUCAGAUGGGUUAUCCUGUUAUCACCAUCAUGGGAAAUGAAACUUCAGACAAUAUUGUGGGAAUCUCCCAAGAACACUUUGUUUAUGAUCUUGGCAUUAAAGCCAAAGAUACUGGUCUUGGAAACAACAGCUACUUGUGGCAGAUUCCAUUAACAAUUGCAGUAGGAAAUACGAGCCACAUCUCAUCAGAGGCAAUUAUAUGGGUGUCUAACAAAUCAGAGCAUCAUAGCAUUGCCUCUCUUCAUGAAGGAAACUGGCUUCUGGGGAACAUCAAUCAAACUGGCUAUUUUAGGGUUAACUAUGACAUUAGAAAUUGGAGACUGCUAAUUGACCAACUAAUGAGAAACCAUAAGGUAAUCUCUGUCAGUAAUCGUGCAGGUUUGAUCGAUGAUGCAUUCAAUUUAGCCAGAGCUGGCUAUUUGCCUCAAAAUAUCCCACUGGAGCUUAUCAGAUAUCUAUCUAAAGAAAAGGAAUUUCUGCCUUGGCAUGCUGCCAGCCGAGCUCUUUACCCUCUUGAUAAGCUGCUGGACCGCACAGAAAACUACAACAUCUUCAAUGAAUAUAUUUUAAGACAAGUUGCUUCAAUGUAUCUUAAGCUUGGAUGGCCAACAAAUAGUUUGGAUAAAUCCUUUGUUCAAGCUUCCUACCAACAUGAGGAGUUACGCCGUGAAGUGAUUAUGCUAGCCUGCAGCUUUGGUAACAAGCACUGCCACCAGCAGGCUGCAACUCUAAUCUCAGACUGGAUUUCUAGCAACAGAAACAGAAUACCACUAAAUGUAAGAGACAUCGUCUACUGCACAGGAGUCUCUCUCAUGGAUGAAGACGUGUGGGAGUUCAUCUGGAUGAAAUUUCACUCUACAACAGCAGUAUCAGAGAAGAAAAUAUUGCUAGAAGCUUUAACUUGUAGUGAUGACAGAAAUUUGUUAAACAGGCUUCUUAACCUGUCUCUCAAUUCAGAAGUUGUCCUGGAUCAGGAUGCAAUUGAUGUAAUUAUCCACGUGGCUAGAAAUCCACAUGGAAGAGAUCUUGCUUGGAAGUUUUUUAGAGAAAAAUGGAAAAUAUUGAAUGCAAGAUAUGGAGAAGCAUUAUUUAUGAAUUCAAAACUUAUCAGUGGAGUUACAGAAUUCCUUAAUACAGAAAGUGAACUAAAUGAGCUAAAGAACUUUAUAAAGACCUAUGAGGAGGGAUCUGCCGCCUCAUUCUCCCGAGCUGUGGAAACAGUGGAAGCAAAUGUUCGGUGGCAAAUGCUUUAUAAAGAAGAAUUAUUUCAGUGGUUGAGAAGAUCACUGGUACACUAAUCCAUGUUUCUAGCAAAAACUAAGUACCAGAUUGUGCAAGAGGAGAAGCACAAUAUGAAACUCCAGGAAACUUUGACUGGAAAAUCAGUGAAGACCAGUUCAUACUGGAAAAAGAUAAAGAGAUAUUAUAUUUUUGCACCAGUCUCCUCAGAAUUGUGGAGAGGAGAAAAAAAAACUCUGACAAAGAGAAAUAAGGUCAUGAAUGCUUACAAAAGCCCAGCCCCCAAUGUACCAUAGCCAAAUGUGAUAUUAAGUGGUGCAUGUAAAUGUUAAUGUCAAUUUUUUGUGGGGGGGGCAGGGUUGCAGAAUACUUGUGCAUGGUUAUAUGGUUCCUGCCUGUAUUCCAGCAUGCUUACCUAAGGUGUCCACAUUUUGUAUGUGAAUUUCCAUUACAUCAAAGAUGGGCAUUAUGCAAAAGCACAAAGAUUAUUUAUGACAAUCAGCGUUUCAACAGCAAGAUAGAAUAGAACGAAGGAGGUAAAAGAGGCACACAAGCAACAUGUGCCAUCUUCCUAUGUUGUAGGGCAGUUACAUCAGCACUCUGAUUGUUUCUCAUUUGUGUUUCUUCUUUAGAGUUGCAAAUGAUGGUAUAAAUUAUAGUGCAUCUAAUUUAACAUUCUUUCUAAGUUGCAAAUGAUGGUAUAAAUUAAAGUGCAUAUGCUGCCCCUUGAAAGUCAAUGGACAGAUAUGCAGCAGAGACCGGAUGCUGUCAUACCAUUUUGUCAUUUUGAAACUUGAUUUUAUUUUCUGCUGCUCAGCUAAUAACGAAUUUACUUCUUUGAUCCUAUGUUUUGACAGCGGUUUCAUGUAUGUCCCCACAUCCAUACAUCAUUCUUUUUAGUUUCUGUUACUCAGCAAAAGGUAUGUAGUAGGUACUACUAAGCUAGCAUGGUAAGUAGAUCUACAUACAUUGAUGUAUGAUAUGAAAAAAUACAAGAUUGAUACAAAGGGGAAAAGAAAAAUCUGUCAACUAGAUGAUUUUCCUAGAUAGAGGUUUCAUUAUGAGCAAUACUGAGUAUUCACUUUUCCAUCAUUCCGCCAGCAUGAAUCCUGUUGCUUUAUAAUCAGAAAUCUGAUUAACAUCAAAUGGGAUGACAUUUGGAGUGAUUGUUAAGGCUAUGCUAACUAACCUAUGCUUACUUUAAACAUAAUUUCUUGUAUCUGUUAUAAUUUCUUUAUUCAUGUGAAGGCUUUCCUAAAGCUGUACUCCUGAACAUACUUGCUAGAAAGCCCAGACAAAUAUGGUUGGACUUAACUUAUGAGUAAGCAUGCAUAGGAUUGCACUGCACGUCUUUUAUUAUUUUUCCUUUAGGAUUUCUUCAGAGACCUAAAGAACUCACUAGAAUUCAG